UAUUUUUUCUUUUCCUUUCUUUGGGUUCUCGUUGCAAUAUCAUGUGGAAUUUCUUAAUGCUGUCGGUGAUCGUUACGAUUGUUUCGUUGCUCUUCCGGCAUCAUCUUACCUCACCGAUUAGCAUCGUCGAUCAUCCCGAAACUAGUUAUGACUAUAUCAUUGUUGGAGCCGGCACCGCUGGUUGUGUUAUGGCCUCUCGUUUAUCCGAAAAUUCAAAUGUGUCAGUAUUAUUGGUAGAAGCUGGCGGAUAUUUCAACUGGUUGUCUUCCAUACCUUUAGUAGCUCCCGGCCUGCAAAAGUCACAAUUCGACUGGAGCUUUAAAACCGAGACGCAAAAAUAUUCUUCGAAAGGAUUGUGGGAUUACCAACAAAUAAUCCCGCGCGGCAAAGGUCUCGGUGGCAGCGGUCAACUCAACUAUUUAGUCCAUUCAUUCGGCCGUCCAGAGGAUUACGAUCAUUGGCCACGAGGUUGGUCUUACAGCGACUUACGUCCAUACUUCAUACGCGUUGCCGAGACGAUGCGGGUACGAGAGGCCGAUGAGAGUAUCGAACUCGUUCGCGCUUUAAGCAUCGCCGAACGAGCGAUGAACGAGACCGACGUCAAGUUCAGCAAAGCUCAGACUACGUUGUUCGAGGGUAGCAGAUGGAGUACUUUUCAUUCGCAUCUGCAGCGCGCGUGGAACAGAAGAAAUUUGCACAUUUUGGUGAACACUUUAGUGACGAAGGUGCUGCUGAACGUGACGAAUCGAAGCGACGGCAUCGAAAUACGAUACGUCGACGGGAUAAGGGAAAAAAUCGAAGCUCGGCGAGAAGUCGUACUUUGCGCGGGCGCAAUUGGAACGCCUCACCUACUGCUGCUCUCCGGCAUCGGGCCGGCCAACGAUUUGCGGAAACUCAAGGUUGACGUGAGAAUGGACAUGCCGGCCGUUGGCAAAAAUUACUUCGAUCACUUGAAUAUGCCGGUAUCAGUGAACGUCGAUGCGCCAGUUAGCGUUACGCUGGCUAAACUGCAAACCUUUGCUACUCUCGCUGAUUACUUUGUGUUCAAAACUGGGUACCUUGCUACAAAUGGAAUAAUGGGCAUGGCACGUCUCGACAACAGCGGCGUAAUACUCGCCGGCGUAGCUGCCAACGAGAAGCUACUCAAAGACCUAGCGAAUUAUCGUACAGAGACUUUCAGGUCUCUCUACCCAACGUACAAUGACACGGUGCGCGAGGGUUUCCUGCUCAUGUCGAGUUGCCUUCAACCGCACAGUCGCGGCUACGUAGCUCUUCGCUCGCAAGAGCCGACCGACAGACCAAUUAUCGAGCCAGCAUUUUUGGAGCGCCACCAAGACGUCGCGUGCACCACGAAAGCGAUAAGACUUGGCCUGUCGAUCUUGGAAACACCGUUAUUCCGUGAAUUCGGAGCUGAAGUACACGUGCCUGAUCUCGAAGAAUGCCAGCAUCUCCCACAGGAUUACUACAAUGAUGCUUUUGCCGAGUGCGCGAUAAGAACCUCGGCGCUUACUGCACAUCAUCCUUGUGGAACUUGCCGGAUGGGAGAGAAUCGCGAUAACGAGACUGUCGUUGAUGAGUUUUUAAGGGUAUACGGCAUCGAGGGUCUGCGAAUAGUCGACGCCAGUGUGUUUUCAGUCCCAAUCUCAGGUAAUCCAAAUUCCGUGAUUAUCGCUCUCGCCGAGAAAGCUGCCGAUAUCAUCUCGCAAUCGACGGGAUCAAGACGGUAAUAUGUAGGAGAA